AUGGAUCAUCCUGCAAGGGCGAUGCCCAUUCAAAGGUUGAAUGGCAAUGAUGGCGCGAACCGCCCACGCCGUACCCGACGUACAUAUGCUUGCGACUCCUGCAGCAUCAAGAAGAUCAAAUGUGACCGCGCAACGCCCCAGUGUGACUGGUGCUACCAUCAUAACAUCCCCUGUACCUUCACGCGCGACCGAGAUUCCUCGCGCUCAUGCUUACGCCAAACUCGAAGUGAUAAAAGAACUCUGCCUGAAGUACCCUUUCCAGAGUGCGGUCCCCAGGCUGUAGUGCCCCAAGGUUUCGGGACCGAUAUAUGCCUUGCUGGACAGACUCUCGGGAAUAUUUGUGCAUUCAAUGGCUUGCCUUUCUUCUCUCCAAGCGGGUUGGAAUGGAUUCGAGCCCGUACCGGCGAGGACGGAUCUCUAGACCGAUAUUGCAGCAUGAGGCCUAUCACCUGGCCGCGGUUAACUAAGAAAUGUACCGAGGGCGACCGACGAUUAUCGCUGCCGGAUAAAUCGCUUCUUUUCGAACAGAUAGAGGCUUUUCAAAAGUCAGUUUGCGGCCAGUUCUUGCCUCUUGUUAACCGAACAUGUUUUGAGUACACUAUCCGAGCGGCCUACGAGAAGGAAUUGUCAGACAUCUCGCCUGGGCUUUUCAGCGCCAGGGUAUGUAUAUUUGCCUUUAUGGCCCUGAGUUCAUUCUUUGCUGGUCAACCGCAUGUUGACAAAAUCGUGACUGCCGAUGAAUAUGCCCGCGAGGCUCAAGAUCUAUUCCCAGAGAUGCUCAACGAGUCAGUAACAUUGGACGGGUUGCAGGCACUGACCAUGCUGGCCACAUCUGGAGAUAUGCUCAGUAUAGAGCUUAUGUUGUCCAUGGCCACACGCUUCGUCUUUCACCUUAAAGGCAACGUCUACCCCGAGGAUAUAGAGGGCGGUACUCUGGGUGCAAAGAUGCACGUCAGGAAUCUUUUUUGGAUCUGUUUCACCCUCGACAAGAUAUUCAGCUUGCGCACAGGCCUUCAACCCUUUAUCGACGAGACGAAUUGCGAUCUAACGCUUCCUCGAAUGCAGACGGUGACUGGCCCGCUGGAAAGCUUGCAGCCUUUCUGUCAUCAACACAACCACACUAUGUUUCUCACCCUCAUUCGCCUGUCUCUAGUCCAGUCGAAGGUCUAUCAUGGCCUAUACUCUUUCUCCGCUCAACGCCAAAGCGAUGCGGAUCUCCUAGCUACCAUCCGCAGCCUGGACAUCGCCUUGGACGAAUGGCGGUCCUCGGUGCCCACGUUCUCGGGCCGACCUACACAGAACGAAAAUCGCAUGGCCGAUUUCCUUUUUGAAAUGCAGUACCACUACUGCAUGGCUGCAAUCCAUCAGACAAGCAGCCGGUGCACUGCCUGGGUUCAGAACCAGGACACCCGCGUGGCGGGCUCGAGUCUUGCCCUCAGCGUAGCAGCCAGUCGGUCUGUGUUACGAAAGUUCCUGGAAACGGAUCCACAAAGCGAGGGACAAUUUCUCUUGUUUUGCUUACCAGAACUCUCCACAUCUGCCAUCCACCUUUUCUCGAAUAUCCUCAUGAGUCCUCUGGAGGACCGAAGCGAUACUGACUUAUCUUUGAUGAGAGUAGUACUUGAACAUAUUGGGAAGCAUAUAUGGAAGCAGACGCCAACCACAUUUACCGCCCAGGUCCGUCUUGUGGAAGAGUUUAUGGGCGACCUCUAUCAUCUAGCUGAGAUGGCAAUCCUCAAGGCCCGACGGGAAAGUGAACAUUAA